AUGGUGAAGGCCCAUGACACCUAUCACGAUAUCCUGAAGGAACAUCUGAUGACCAGGAACAUUGGCCAGGGUAGAUCGGUAGCCCCCAGUGCGACAGCACAGAAAGUGGUUCAGCAAGCUAUUGCAGCUGCGCCACCGCCGUCGGAGGCUAAGGCAAAACCGCCUCAGGCUGAGCCUCAAUCGACGACGUCGAAUCCACAGCAGUCGAGCUCUCAACAAUCGCUUGAUGAGACACCUCAAUUGCCAUCAGUAUCCACAGCACACUUCGACCCGGAACCUAGAAGUUUCGCCAAUAGGGAGAUGCGGUGGGUCCUGCUCUUGGUACUAUUGUGUUGGUGUGCUCCUCACAUCACUUUAUCAAGCGAAGGCUUGGAGAACAUAGGCUCAUCAGCAGGCAAUAUUGCGUCGGAAAUUCUCAUAAAUUCGAUCAAUUUCUCGGUAAAUCCAUGCGAGGAUUUCUUUGAAUUUUCUUGUGGUAACUGGAUAGCUCAACAUCCAAUACCCAAAGACAAAGUUGGCUAUUCACAGUUCGAAAUGCUCUCUGACAAAGUCCAAGCGCAAAUGAGAGACAUAUUCGAAUCAAAUGAAACGUUCGGAUCGAAAUCUAUGAAUGCUGUAAAGUACAUCUACAAAAAAUGUAUGGACAAGGACGAGCUGAAUCGCAUUGGUGCGAGACGAGUUAUAGAACGCAUCCGAGGUUUUGGUGUUUGGCCCAUUUUGGAAGGAGAUGAAAACUGGAGAGAGGAGGAUUUUGAUCUAACAUCGCUGCUGAUCCACUUGAAACAAAUGCGUGAUUUCGACGUGUUCGUCAAGUUCGGCAUUGGUCCUGACUACAAAAAUGCCUCUCGCUAUCUCAUCACGUUCUAUCAAGACGACCCGAGCGAAACUUUGGAAGAGUAUAUCUCGGGGAGAGGAAUCGAGAGAGAAAUCCACAUCGAGGAGGUUAAGCUCUUAAAAGAGCUCUUAAACUUGAAUCGUUCGAUUGAAGACGCCACAAGGAUGUUAAAGGCUGUGAAAAAUUCUUAUAUCAGCAUGGUCGAGCUAUUCCAAAGAGAUGGCGAUUUCCCUAUAAACAGAACAAAGGUUGAGAAAGACGUUGAGGAGAUAAUGGAUUUGGAAAUGAAGAUGGCAAAGAUACUUGUUCGUAAGGAGGAUCGCAAAAACUACACUAAGUAUUAUCAUCUAAGUCAUCUAAGUGAUAUGAACAAACUUGUACCUCUGGAACGCGACAAAGCAACGCUCGGCAAGCAGCAAAAUGAACCACGAUGGAUGGAUUGUACCAGGAGCACUGUGCAACUUCUGAAAUACGCGACCAGUGCCAUAUACGUCAAAAAAGCUUUCGAUCAGUCUUCAAAGAACCUUACAAUAGAAAUGACCGAUGAUUUAUUGGAAACAUUUCGAGAAAUUCUGGGCACCAACGGUUGGAUGGACAAUGGAACCAAAGCUGCAGCUUUGGACAAGGCGAACCAAUUGUUGUCUCAGGUAGCUUAUCCCGAAUUUAUCCUAGAUGACGAAAAACUCGACCAGUAUUAUGACGGCCUGGAUGUGCAUUAUACUGAUUCGUACAGUGAGAUGCUGGAAAAAGUAGAACGACAGAAGAUUGAAUUUUGGUUCAAAAUGCUUACAAAACCUGCGAGUCAUUCCGAUCUUGAAUCAAGCUCUGCCACUGUGGCCCCUAUCUACAUACCCACAACCAACUCUUUUAGAAUUCCCGCUGCCAUUCUUCAAGCUCCGCUUUUUCACCACACUUUUCCCAGGUGGUUCUUGACUAGCUCAUUGCUGUAA